ACUGGGCCUCAUAAUUGUGUAACGUUGCUCCACAGUUCUAUGUGGGGGUUUCCAAUGACUGUAAUGUUGAAAUAUUAGAAAGAUUAAAUGAGUAGUUCUUAAUUUCAAUUCAGAAAACCAGUUCUGCAAGUAAAAAGAGUUCAGGGUCAGUGUUUUCCUUACGCAGUGAUGUUUUAGGUUCAUCGUGAUAUCACCCACCCUGUCACAGCUGUCAUUUAUUGUCAUUGGUCCUUUAAUGUAUAAAGGAUGGAGUAAGAGCACUCUGACCCUGCUCCAGUCCCCUGCACAUGGCUGAUCUUUCCAGGACCCAGUUUCCCCUUUUCCUGCAGGAGAGUGACCACAGGGGACCAACCUGGACCACGGCUGUGACAGAGCGAGGACAGGGUCCGACCUCACCCUGAGCCACCGGGAUGCAGCGCUGGGCCCCGAGCUUCAGGCCCCUCCUGCUCUGGCUCCUGCUGCCCUGGCCAGGCGCAGGGCAGUUCCAAGUGAAGGGACCAAGCUCAUCAGUCACUGCCCGGGUGGGAGAAGCGGCUGUGCUUCCCUGCCACCUCAGCCCACCUGCGGAUGCUCAGAACAUGGAGAUCAGAUGGUACCAAGCCCACCAAUCGGCACUGGUGCACCAGUACAGGGAUUCUCGGGACCACACGGAGCAGCAGAGUCUAGAAUUCCAAGGGAGGACAGAGCUCCUGAGGGAGAACAUCACCCACGGCCAGGUGGCCCUGAGGAUCCAUCCCGUCCUCCCUGCAGAUGAAGGACAGUACAGCUGUGUCUUUCUAAGAUCCACACAGCCCAACCAAGCACAGUUUGAGCUGCUUGUCUCAGCCUCAGGUGCCCCUCCUCACAUCCACAUUCAGCCUGCGCACACCGGGAGCAUUAUGCUGACCUGCUCAUCCUCGGGGUGGUACCCAGACCCUGAGCUCCAGUGGAGGGACCCACAAGGACGGCCCCUGUCACCUGACUCUGUGAGGAAUUCUGUACAGGAUGAUGGCCUGAUCCACGUGGAAAGCUCCGUCACAGUGGAGGAAAGCUCAAGAGCAGAUGUGUCCUGUUCCAUCAGGAACCCUGUGCUCAGAGAGGAGAAGAAGGCGAGUCUCUCAGUGGCCGAGGCCUUGUUUCCCCGGGUCAGCGCCUGGACAGUGGCACCGCCUGUGCUCCUGGCCGUCAUCUUGAUGAUCACCUGUGUUGUCCUACUGAGAUCUAGAAGAGCCCAAGAACAAAGAAAUCUUCUGGAAAAGAACGUUGUAGGUCUGAAGACAGCUCGAGGAUUUGCAGAAGACAUAGUUCUGGAUGAAAACACUGCUCACCCUAAGCUCUUUGUGUCAGAGGGUGGAAAACGUGUUGAAUAUUUGUCGAGAGAGCGAGCUGUUCCUGACAGUCCUGGAAGAUUUACUUCUCUCCGAGCUGUGCUGGGUCAAAACACCUUCUCGAGUGGGCACCAUUACUGGGAGGUGGAUGUAGGAAGAAACGAAAUCUGGACGGUGGGACUGUGCUCGGAUUCAGUCAACAGGGAACUAAAUUUUGAGGAUAUUCAUCCUGAGAAUGGUUUUUGGAACAUAAGCAGGAUUUUUAAUAACUACCAGGCUCUUUUUCAAUCCCGUGUUGAUCUUAAGGUUGUAGCGCCUCCCUUGAUAGUGGGGAUUUUUCUGCAAUAUGAGCAAGGACUGAUCUCUUUCUUUGAUGUGAAGCAAUUUAGUAUACUCCAUACAUUCACAGGCAAUUUCACGCAGCCCUUGAGGCCAUGUUUUCUGAUGAAACGUCCCUAUCCAGGAGUGUGUCCUGCCCUUACCAUCCUCCCAGUGUGAGCACCAGAGGAAGCUGCCCCCCAGGAGCACAGCUAAGGGGCCUUCCACAGGCUCGUACCCACGGACCAGGACAGCAUGCAGCGUCCCAGCCAGGAUGCCGCAGGGCAGGGCUGGGGGCAUCGGUCACUAAAGGCCCAGGCUGCUUCUUAGCCGUGUGGAUAAUUAAGUAUAUUCCCUGUUAUUUGGCCAUUUCCACUGCUCGCCAUGCAGCCCACUUCCCCUUAAUACAUUUUCGUCUGUCCUUCCUUUGAGAAAUGCAGCUUCUUCUUCUCCCCGAUUUGCGCAUGAGAUUCUGAAGAGCUGUCUGCUUCCUCAGUAGAUCACUGCCGUGCAUUUCUCACCGUGCUCUAGAACAGAGUGACAGUAUUUUUAUGUUUUGCCAAUAACUGUGGCUUUUUGACUGGUAAAAUGAGGUGCUGCUUAUUUGUCUAACCACAUCUGUGCUAACAUCAGUGCACGGAGACCCUAACUUAAGGAUAGCCACAUUAAGAUCGAAUCUUACCAGCAAGAAUGCUUGCAAAGACGUUUUCCAGUACUUCUCAAUUUUCUUGUCCUGUUUAAGUUUUAAAAUAUUUACUUGACAAUGAUAUAUAUGGAAAAUAUAAAAGAUGAUUUAUUGAUAGGAUAUGUAUACACUAUGUAAUGUUUACCAGAAUCAUACUAAGAGCCAUCACCUCCCGUGCUGGGUAGUGAAACUCCAGAACACGUCCACCCUCUAAUUCAAAGUUGUGCCCUUUAACUGUGUUUCCCUGUUGCCCCCCUUACCCCAUUUUCUGGUAAACAGUUCUUCACUCUCUACUUCUAUGGACUGAACAUAUUUUAUAAAAUAUUUAGAUUUCAUAUGUACUUUGGUUUAUUUAAUAAAUGGCCAGACAACUGGAUUUCUCAGUUCAAGGACAUCCCCGCUUCUUGAAGUAAAAGGCUGCAUUAACUGGGAGUACUGAAUAGAACCAAGUGGUCUCCAGCAUCCAUCAUAUUCAACAGUGGAAGUCUACAGGCCACCCGUGCUCCAGCCUGGGGAAAUCAUUGACAAAUCUCAGCGAGGAAAGAGGACACUGAACUCUCACACACUGGUGCUGGGACUGAAAACAGUGACAAACUCCAUGAGAAUGUUACUGGAAGAUUUUCAUAAACACACAGUCAGCCUAUGACCAGCAUCCCCACUGCUAGCUUUGUGAUGUAGACAAAUGGAACAUGAAUCAAGAAGCUAGCACAAAAAUCUCAUAGCAGCUUUUUAUAAUUUUGUAAACACUGCAAAUGUACUCAACUCUCAUCAAAAUAAUUUAAAAACAAGUUUCAGUGCAUUUAUGCAAUUGAAUAUAAUUGUAAAACAAAAAACUGCUAUUACAGUGAAUAAUA